AUGUCUGAUUCAGUGAAUUGCACCGGAGAAAUAUCUUGUAUUUCAAGCUUAGUUUUGGGAAUUCUUAACGGUGUCUCCGGGUUCGCAGCAAUAACGGGAAACUUUCUUGUGCUAAUGACUUUCAUCAAGAAUCAGUCACUCCGAGAGCCAAGUUACUACUUCAUGACUUCCUUAGCCACUGUGGAUCUCCUAGUCGGACUGGUAGUCAACCCGUUCUACGUUGCAAUUACAAACUUUGUCUCUUGGCAGUACAGAGAGGAGCGACUACUUCAGCUGGAAAGUUUUUUGGCAAUGACCGCUUCCACGAUUAUCAUGCAUUCACUCACUGUGAUGAGCGUCGAAAGAUUCAUUGCCGUGAAUUACCCUCUGAGAUAUCGCAGUCUUGUCACAGAAAAACGAAGCUGCAUUGCAAUCGCAUCCGUAUGGACAUUCGGCCUGUCUUUCAAUUCCGCAUUCUUCGCUACCAGCAACGAUGACUUGCCAAACAUGUGGAUAGGAUGUGGAGUCCUUAGUGGACUGAUUCCCAUGACAAUCAUCUUCUUCUGCUAUGGAAAAAUUUUACGAGCUGCGCGUACUCAGUCGAGGCGUAUUCACGUCGCAGAGGGAUGUGUUUCAAAUUUAGAUUUGCCCUUCGACUCCGCCGAGGGCAACAGGCAAGUGGAUAAUCCGGUUAACAUAUCAGUAGCGAAGGAAGUCCGGAGGGCCAGGAAGACAGCUUGGAGUGUGGCAGUUGCGAUAGUUGUAGUAAUGUUUCUCUCCAUGCCAGCCAUCGUAGUCAGCAUCAUGCAGAUUUUGGUCUCCGACGAUGUGUGUCUUUUUAGGCAAAAUAAUCGAGUUUGGAUGUGGUGUGCUACACUGUCUCUUGUUAGCUCGGCGCUGGACCCGUGGAUCUAUGCGAUGAGAAUAAAGGAGUUUAGAGAUUGUUUUAAGCGAACUGUGCGCUUAAACUGA